UUAGGAGUAUGGCUAAAGUCAGGGUGAGAGUAUCCACCGGGGAGGCCUGUGGGGCUGGCACCUGGGACAAAGUGUCUGUCAGCAUCGUGGGGACCCAGGGAGAGAGUCCGUUAGUGCCUUUGGACCGUCUAGGCAAGGAGUUCACUGCGGGCGCUGAAGAGGACUUCGAGGUGACGCUCCCCCAGGACGUUGGCGCUGUGCUGAUGCUGCGGGUACACAAGGUACCCCCGGAGCUGCCCCUCCCGCUUGGGGCCCGCCCGCCCGACGCCUGGUUCUGCCGCUGGUUCCAGCUGGAGUGGGGGCCCGGGGCUACACUCCACUUCCCGUGCUACCAGUGGCUAGAAGGGGCGGGGGACCUGGUGCUGCAAGAGGGAGCAGCCAAGGUCUCCUCGGAAGACCACCACCCUAAGCUCCAGCUCCAGCGUCACGAAGAGCUGAAGGCCAGGAAGGAGAUGUACAGCUGGAAGACCUACAUUGAAGGUUGGCCUCACUGCCUCGACCAGGUGACUGUGAAAGACUUGGACCUCAACAUCAAAUACUCCGAAGUCAAGAAUGCCAGAUUCUACUUGAAAGUCUAUUCUGCGUUCACAGAGCUGAAAAUCAAAGGAUUCCUGAACCGCACAGGACUCUGGAGGAGUCUGAGGGAAAUGAGAAGGAUGUUUCACUUCCACAAGACUCCUGCAGCAGAGUACAUGCUGGAGCAUUGGCAGGAAGAUGCCUUCUUCGCCUCCCAGUUUCUAAAUGGCCUCAACCCGGUCCUGAUCCGCCGCUGUCACAGCCUUCCAAAGAACUUCCCAGUCACCGAUGAAAUGGUGGCCCCAGUGCUGGGCCCUGGGACGAGUCUGCAGGCUGAGCUGGAGAAGGGCUCCCUGUUCUUGGUGGAUCAUGGCAUCCUCUCCGGAGUCCAAACCAAUGUCAUCAACGGAAAGCCCCAGUUCUCCGCAGCACCAAUGACCCUGUUAUACCAGAGCUCAGAGGCUGGGCCCCUGCUCCCCCUCGCCAUCCAGCUCAAACAGACUCCCGGGCCCGACAACCCCAUCUUCCUGCCCAGCGAUGGCAAGUGGGACUGGCUCCUGGCCAAGACCUGGGUGCGCAAUGCUGAGUUUUCCAUCCACGAGGCCCUCACUCAUCUGCUGCACGCGCACCUGCUGCCGGAAGUCUUCGCCCUGGCCACGCUGCGGCAGCUGCCCCGAUGCCACCCUCUCUUCAAGUCCACAGGCCUUGGCACUGGAGGAUUCUCUGAGCUGAUAAAGAGAAACAUGGAGCAGCUGAACUAUUCUGCCCUGUGUCUCCCUGAAGAUAUUCGAGCCCGAGAUGUGGGAGACAUCCCAGGCUACUAUUACCGGGAUGAUGGGAUGCAGAUCUGGGGGGCUAUAAAGAGCUUCGUCUCGGAGAUAGUCAGCAUCUACUACCCAAGCGAUGUGUCUGUUCAAGAGGACGAAGAGCUGCAAGCCUGGGUGAAGGAGAUCUUCUCUGAGGGCUUCCUCAGGCGAGAAAGCUCAGGUGUGCCCUCCUUGUUGGAUACCCGGGAAGCCCUGGUCCAGUACGUCACCAUGGUGAUAUUCACCUGCUCAGCCAAGCACGCGGCUGUGAGUGCAGGCCAGUUUGACUCUUGCGUUUGGAUGCCCAACCUGCCGCCUACCAUGCAGCUGCCACCACCCACUUCCAAAGGCCAGGCUCGGCCUGAGGGUUUCAUAGCCACUCUCCCACCAGUCAAUGCCACAUGUGACGUCAUCAUUGCCCUUUGGAUGCUAAGCAAGGAGCCCGGGGACCGAAGGCCUCUUGGCCACUAUCCAGAUGAACACUUCACAGAGGAUGCCCCACGCCGAAGUAUAGCUGCCUUCCAGAGACGACUGGUCCAGAUCUCUAGGGAAAUCGGGGAGCGGAACCGAAGCCUGGCACUGCCCUACAUCUACAUGGACCCUCCCCUCAUUGAGAACAGUGUCUCCAUCUAAAAUCUUGAAGAAGAGGGCCCCAUGUGACAUACAGACCCCUUGAUCAUGUCACUCCAAGCUAAGCGUCACCCAGAGAAAAGGGACUUUCAAAAUAUACAGGUCCUCAUGUGCUUCUCCUAGAUAGCCAAGCCCCAUCCAACUCCCCUGUGAAACACACAAACACAGACAAACCUAAACCCCUACAGAAGACAGGACCUCUCAGGACAGGGACACCAAAGUAACUGGAGACACCAAGGCUUCAGCUCUGAUUGAGGGCUUUGCUUGUUCACUUAGUUUUGCAUCUAAUUAACUUAGACCGUAACAGAAGCACAGAAUCCUGUUCCACUGCCCAUAGUCAGUGAGACCUCACAGUCACAGGCUCGGACAGGCUUCUCAUCAAAACAGGAAGUAGCUCAACCAAAACCUACCAAGAUCGAUCAUCACCUACAGGCUCACCCUGAAAGUGAAUAUAACACUCAGAAGGGGUUAUUGGAAGUCAGGCACAAAGAGAAGGAUGGGGUUGAACACAUGGCUCAGUGGUUAAGAGCACUGGCUGCUCUUCCAGAAUACCGGAGUGG